AUUUAGUAACGAAUCUUGAACCUAAACGCAACGAAUAUUAAAUUUAAACGGAACGCGAGUGUGUGUGGAGCGUGCGGCGCGUGCUACUUUGACUACGAAAGACAAAUACAAAAAUGUUUCAAAAAAGGAUUAUCGAAUUGUUCACGCUGCUCUUUUACUGGAUGGUUAUCACGCCAGCCAUAUAUCAAUAUUGCAAGACCCAGAAUUGGAUACGUUGGGAUCUAAAUGUACCAUUUCAAUCUUUCUCGGAUCAUGCCACAUUCGCGCUUUGCCUGCUCGCUGGCUAUGUGACCUUUUAUCGCAUUGUUAUCUUUAUCUACAUGAAGCUGAAAGUGUGCGAUGUUAAAAUGUGGCAUAAGCUGAAGAAAACGCAAGAGGAUCCCGAAUCGCAGCUAAAGGAUAAAUCUCAUUAUCAGGCCGUAUCUACAGAGAAUCUGGACACGGUUGAUGGCGGGCCAGCAACUACCAUGCCGAAAGUCAUACGCACCAUAAGCCACCCACUGCUGGUGGAGAGCGAUUUGGCGCGUAUUCAUAUCAAACACGAGACGCGUCCGCUGCGCAGCGCCACAUUGCCCAGACAGCCUCAGCAGACGCACAUCUCUAGUCCCACGCCCAGUUUGCGGUGUGCACCGCCUGUGCCCAACACGCCGCCCCGCACACCGGGAAUGGCCCGCAAGCUGAGCCAUGGCAUCAUCAUGUCACCUGAUGUCCUAAUGGGCACCUCACAGCAGCUGAGACCAACCAUAGUCAAGACAUAGGUUUCACUUCGGUGUACUUUACAGAGAAAGAUAGAAUUCCCAUCCAAGUAUUAGCCUUAGCCAAAGAACCAAAGAUAAACCUAAUUUUAUUCGCAAUAUUUGUCGAGACACAAUUUUAGCCAAUUUUUUCCGAAUCUAACUUACAUGGUAGCUCUUCUUGUAACAAGGAAUAGAUCAUAUAGUGAGUUAUUAUUAUUUUUUGUUUAUAGCAUUUUAAUGUUAGCUAGCGAAUACGAGUACUUUUGCGAGUACUUUUCGAAAAUUAGUUGCAUAUAUUUAUUACCUAGUUCUAAGUCCAGAUAUUAAUAUCUGUUUAUCUAUUUAAAAUAUGUGUAUGUAUUAUAUUAUUAUAUGAAAUAUGCUAUAAUAAAAGAAUGUUCUAGCUGCAUAGCAA